AUGGGUGGAAAAGCUGUGGAAGUAUUCUCUGGUUCAAGACUGGUGGUGGGCCAAGUCCAAAGAGAGUUGGAGGUCAAAGAUCCCAGAAUGCAAGAAUACUUGAGCCAGGUUAGACAUCUACAGUCUGGUUUUGAGUCUUUUAAUUUAUCACAAGUUCUUAGAAAUAGAAUUACCCAUGCAGACUCUCUUACCACACUGGCAACAUUCUCGGCACAAGGUUUACCUCAGACCAAGGCUGUCAAUAAGGUCAUAGUGAGUGGACUUAAAAAGAGAUUGGACGACGCAAAGGGAAAGUGGGUGGAAGAAUUGCCACAUGUCCUUUGGACAUACCGGACUACUCCUCAUAGAUCCACUAGGGAGACGCCUUUUUCAAUGACUUAUGGAGCUGAGGCCGUUAUUCCUCUAGAAACUAGAUUCCCCACACUAAGAACAAGUUCUUUCACGCCAAACAGCAAUGAUGUGCUAUUGGAGAAGAGCUUGGACUUAAUUGAAGAACGAAGGGAAAUUGCCAUGAUCCAAUUGGCCUACUAUCAGCACAAGCUCAAGCAGGGGUAUGAUGCCAAUGUAAAGCUAAGGCCACUGACGGUUGGAGACUUGGUCUUAAGACUUAGUAGGUUUAGUAGCAAAUGUGGUGGCAGGUGCAGUGGGUUGAGGCAUGGCUACCUGAAUAGGAGGGUAAGCUAG